UAUCUAUAGGACAUAGAUCUUGGAUUGGAACUAGCAGUCUCCUCCUCUGCACACCUCUUGAUCUCUUUGCUCCCCUCAUUCAUUUUAGAAGGGGAAUUUUUUUUCUCAUCUUAUCCGAGGGAGAAAAGGGGAGCGAGGAGAGAGAAAAAAAAGUGUGUGUGUGUGUGUGCCCGAAUAUAAUGAAGAAUUAUGGGUCUGUUUGAUCGCGGUGUACAGAUGCUUCUCACAACUGUGGGCGCCUUUGCUGCCUUCAGUCUAAUGACCAUUGCUGUAGGAACGGACUACUGGCUAUACUCCAGAGGGGUCUGCAAAAGCAAGUCUGUCAGUGAAAAUGAGACCAGCAAAAAGAACGAGGAAGUGAUGACCCACUCUGGAUUAUGGAGAACCUGCUGUCUUGAAGGUAAUUUUAAAGGUAUGUGUAAGCAGAUUGACCACUUCCCAGAAGAUGCCGAUUACGAGGCUGAUGCAGCCGAAUACUUCUUACGCGCUGUGCGAGCAUCGAGCAUCUUCCCCAUCCUCAGCGUCAUCCUGCUCUUCAUGGGAGGACUCUGCAUCGCCGCCAGCGAGUUCUACAAAACCCGACACAACAUCAUUCUCAGCGCCGGCAUCUUCUUCGUCUCUGCAGGGUUGAGUAACAUCAUCGGAAUCAUCGUGUACAUAUCAGCCAACGCGGGAGACCCGGCAAAGAGCGACUCCAAAAAGAACAGUUACUCGUACGGGUGGUCUUUUUACUUUGGAGCGCUCUCCUUCAUCAUCGCCGAGAUGGUGGGCGUGCUCGCCGUUCACAUGUUCAUUGACAGACACAAACAGAUCAGGGCAGGGACGAGAUCCACGGAUUACCUGCAGUCCUCCGCCAUCACCCGGAUCCCCAGCUACCGGUACCGCUACAGACGGCGUAGUCGAUCGAGCUCCCGCUCCACGGAGCCGUCGCAUUCCAGAGACCCCUCGCCCGUCGGCCUCAAAGGCUUCAACACGCUGCCGUCGACCGAGAUAUCCAUGUACACCCUCACGAGAGACCCCCUGAAGACCACCACCUCCACGCCACCUUACAACUCCGAGCGGGACCACAAUUUCCUACAGGUCCACAACUGCAUCCAAAAAGACAUUAAGGACUCCUUGCACACCAACACGGUCAACCGAAGAACAACGCCUGUGUGACGAGCUGAUCGGCGAGGAAAGGGGAGAGGGAGACGGAGAGAAAGUGAGAGAGAGAGAGAGAGGGCAAAGAGAAUUUAAAAAGAGUGGGGGGGGGGGGGAAAUUAAUAAUUUACAAAAACGGAUUAAUAAAAAUAUUAAAAGUUAUUGCAUGAAAACCCGAAUUCCAUUGCAAAAAACAAUGCAAAAAGUUUGUCAAAAAAAAAAAAGAUUUUUAAACCGAAAACGAGGAGAGAGAGGGAGAGAAACUAGAAAUGAGACGCGUGGAACAAAGAAUUUUGGGCCUGAACUCCAGAGAAUGGAUUGAAAAGAGCGAGAGAGAGGGAGAGAGGGAGAGAGAGCGAGGGAGACGGAGGAGGAGGAUUUGUUUUCAUUUAUUAAAUGUUUUCAGCGCUCUUUAUUGUCGAAAAUGCUUCCAUUCCACCCAACCCACCACCCCACCCCACCUGCCUUAUACCUCACCAGGAGUGCUGACUUUGAAAAAGGGACAUUAUCUCCCUUGUUUAAAGGUGAAGAGCUUUAAAGAAGACAUUUUUACAAAAACACGGCAAUGGCAAUUCAUUCUUUGCUGUGACACUAGGCGGGGUGAAAGGGAAGACGUUGAAUCAGGACACCAACGAGGAAACAUCCGUUUUUAACUUGCUCAGCUGCUGACUGGAUCGACCACCCAUCAAAAAGGGAAAGUAAAAGGAAAAAAAAAACAAGAUAUAUAUUCUUUUAAAAGACAUUCUACAAGAGAGUGACGGAGAUGUGGAUUUGAGAAACUUGCAUGCAAUGGAUGGGCACCAACUCUCCUCUUCCGAUCAAAAGCUCAAAUCAAGAAUUUCAAACAAAGAAUUUUUUUUUAAACUAUGAAAAAUAAAGGAUAAAUUUUUUUUAAUUGAAUAUUGUACAGAGAGCACGAAUUUUCAGUUGAGGGGGAAGGGAAGAUAGUGCGAAGAGGGUACAACGUAUCUCCAGCCAAAUUAUAAGGAUUGCGUUUUUUUAAUGCUCGGAAGAACAAUUCCAAUUUGGGAAGGUUUUUACUUGAAGUGUGUUUGAGAAGACGAGAGGGAUGAGGGAGAGUUGGCACCAGUGACCUCUUUAAAUCAGGAAAACCUAUUGUGUGAGUGUGCUGUGUCAUUCCAUUCAUUUCACGCCAGAUUUAAAAAAAAAGAAAAAAAAAUUAAAAAUGAAUAAAAUUUACCUAAAAAAAAA